AUGGGUAAAGGGUGUGAUUUGUCUCCUAGGAAAAAAUCUGAAAUUAAAACCCUUCUCGAGCACACUACUCACUCCCAAUGGAAGAUAGUAGAUAUUGCUGGUGUUUCCAAGUCAGUAGUUAAUAGAACUAAAAUUAAUUUGGACAAAAAACGGCCCCUGUUGCCUAAGAGAAAAGGCAACAGUGGGAGAAAGCGCGUCACAACACCACGUUCAGAUAGAAAAAUUAGGGAUAUCUGUCCACAAAAUCGAAAAGAAAGUGCUAGCCUGUUAACUCAGUUAGUCCAAGAAUCUGGAAUAUCAGUUUCUAAGAGAACUGUGCAGCGCAGGUAG